AUGAAUCCCAACACCUUCCUGGAAUUCAACCCUGCCUAUUCUCUUUUCAAGCGCUGUGUCUCCUGCGAAAACAAUUCGCCCUCUUGUCCCACCUGCGAUGAUGGAUACACAUGUAGCAUGUCCUCGCAAUCCUGCGACGCCUGUGCCUCGACCAAGUGUAUCAAAUCCGCAGAGAACACCAGUUCCCAGCCAAAACCCAGUGGUCCCAACACCGGCGCCAUCGCAGGAGGUGUAGUCGGUGCUAUCGCGGCACUCGCCCUGCUUCUCUUCUUGAUCUACUGGUUCGUCAUCCGCAAAAGACGUCAAGAACGCGCCGAUCAACAAGAGAAGAGCAGCCAAUUUGCAGCCGCUCGCUCAGGUCGCCAAUCCACGCAAUCCAUCGCGUCCACCGUACUCACUCGUGCCUCCAACGUUAUUCAAAUCGCUUACAUACCCGGUGUCACCAACCGUUCUCCUCCCGAGACACCUGCUUCCCUGGUCCCUCCCGUGCCCCCGCUGCCAGGCGCCCACCCAGACCAGCACUUCUUUAUGCCCGGUGACCUCCGUGACUCCUCCUGGACAACCACAACAGGCCACCAAAGCAUUUCACCUACUCUCCGAAGCAGUGUUGCGACCACGAUUUACCGCAGCGAUGCCAUCGUCAGCCCAAUGCCAGCACAACAAAUCAGCCGAUCGCGUGCAAACAUCAUCAGCGUUCACUCAGGUCCCGGAUCAGGCGCCACAACACCAGAUGGCCAAAUGACACCAGUAGUGAUUACACCAGCCGAUGCCCCCGCCGUUCCAGCGAUUACAUCCGCGCAGCUAGCCAAGGCCGAAGCAAUCCAAGCGGGUUCCUCCCCCGCCUCAUCAACCCCACCUUCCUCCUCAAUCGUUGCCCGUACCGUAAUGGCCAAACCAGUCAUGGUCCGCGGUACAUCAUUGAAGAAGAAGGACGGCGGACCCAAGAUCGUUGGCGCAAGAGACCUCUCCGUAACACCGACAACAGCCGACUCAUCAGCAAGCUCUAGUCAAUUCGACCAUCAAACCUCUACCUUUGACGGAAACUCAUCCGAUGAAGACGACGAUACGCAGCCAUCCAGCACAUCCACCUCCAGAGCUACAACACCGAAGAAAGGCGUUCCAGCGAUUUCUGUCGUCGAAGUCCCCGAAUCCCCAGACGAGAACGAAGAAAUCCACGGGCCCUUCAACGACCAGAAAGCAACUACAGCUGAAAAGCCAACCCGUAACUCACGGCAUAUUGAGCGGGAACCACCCGCCCGCGUGGAGAGUCCCUUCUCCGACGCGAACGAAGUGAAAUAA